AUAAAUACCGCAUCUGUGUGUUACAUUUUCCCACUCCAAAACAUUACGUUACAUUAGCGGAACUGAACCACACGAGUGCUGCAGCAACGAUGAGUGGGAACCGUGUGACUAAAGGCCACAAUCAUGGAUCGUUCAAGGUGGAACUGAAGCUGCCUUGCAACUGCCUUGGCUGUUCAGGGAAUGCCCGAGACGCUGCCAGUGGUUUUGAAGGUGUUAAACAAGUGGAGUACGAUGUCAACAGUAACAAGCUGACGGUGAUGGGGAAAGUGGAACCAAUAAAACUCCAGGUGUGGGUAGAGAAGAAGAUGGGGAGGAAAGUUGAACUCAUCUCCUCUUUGCCCACCAAUGAUUGGCAGGUGAGGGAAGAGGAGAAGAUGAAGAGAAAGCUAAUUGAAGAACUCAUCUCUUCUUUGUCCAUCGAUGAUUUCCGGGUGAGAGAAGAGGAGGAGAUGAAGAGGAAGCUAGUUGAAGAAUUCAUCUCUUCUUUGACUUUCGAUGAUUUGAAGAAGCUGGCUCAACUCAUCUCUCCUUUGCCCGAAGAUGGUAGUGGUAAUAAGAUGGGACAAACAUUGUGGACAAAACUAAGCUAUGAGGCAAAAAUGCAGCUGGUGGCGGCCACAAGUGGUUUCAACAAUGAUGGAAGCAAGACCACUAAGUUUCAACAGUUUGAACUAGGACUAGUCACAAGUGCAGCAUCAACCAGUCAGAGAACAAUAUGAGGCAUGAUCAUCAACUCAUGAAGCAGGAAUAUUACAGCAAAUAUGAGGAAUUGUUGGAGACCAUUGGCUUCGAUUGAUCAACACAUAAAAAGUAUUUGAAAAAAAAUAAAGUAAAAUAAAAUAAAACAGAGAAUCUGAAGAUGAAUCGCAACUGAAGGAAGAUUACAGCAACUAUUGGACAUUAAUGGUGCUAAUGGGAUGACUGUACCCUUUGAAAUCAAGAUUAUAUUUAUGUUUGAAUUAUACAUGUGUUGGGUGAUACUAUAUAUGGUCUAUAUUUGGCAUGUAAUGAACUAAUAACUCCACUAUUGGAUGAAUUAUGACUCCUCUUAUUUAUGCUUUAA